GCUAUCUUUUGUUGUCGUUCUAGUUCGCUUUAUUUGUCCGUGGAUCGGAGACGAAGUUGAGAAGGAAAAGACACAACUCAGUUCGAGGAGGAUCGAAAAAUAUGUCGGCGCUAUUUAACUUCCAUUCAUUUCUGACGGUGGUGCUGUUGGUGAUUUGCACAUGCACGUUCUUGAAGAUGCAGUUCCCAGCCCUCUUUGAGCAGAAAACUGGGUAUGUCAGAUUUUCUCCUUCGAAAGUGUAUACACAUAUGGGCAUACUUUUUCUAUAUGCAUUCACAAAUGGGCAAGUGAUGGCGAUGCUGUUGCAUUACAAAUUCUCUGGCGGUAGUGGUCGAAUAUUUAUGUUUUCAAGCUCCAUUUCUGAGUUGUGUCUUCAGUUAGAUAUGAACGAGUCAUACGUGUAUGGAUGCAUUCAGCGCAAUAUGUUGAUUGUUGAUGCUUUUCGCAUGAACAUGGAGCUUGGGGAACCACCCCCAGAGUGA